CCUUCUAUAACACACCAACCUUGUCAGUAAACUAAUCACUCUCACACUUUACUCUUCUUCUCUUUCAAACCCUACUCUGUUUUCCUCUCAUGGCUUCACUUCUCAUACUAAUUCUCUUCACUACAAUACCCUUUUUAUUGCCCAGUUCAGCUGAACCGGCACUUAAAACAUACAUAUUCCGAGUCGACAGUUUCUCUAAACCAGCGGUUUUCCCAACUCAUUACCACUGGUACAGCUCAGAGUUCACUGAACCGGUCAACAUCCUUCAUGUAUACGACAACGUUUUUCAUGGUUUCUCGGCUUCUUUAACUCCUUCUCAAGCUGCUUCAGUACUUCAACAUCCUUCAAUUCUUGCAACUUUUGAGGAUCACCUGAGACAACUUCAUACAACAAGGUCACCUCAGUUUCUUGGUUUAAGAAACCAGAAAGGUUUAUGGUCGGAAUCAGAUUAUGGUUCCGAUGUAAUUGUCGGUGUUUUAGAUACUGGAAUUUGGCCGGAACGAAGGAGCUUUUCGGAUCUGAAUUUGGGGCCCGUUCCGACCCGUUGGAAAGGAGUUUGCGAAACUGGAGAUAAGUUCACUGCCCAAAAUUGCAAUAGGAAGAUUAUUGGUGCUCGGUUUUUCUCUAAAGGACAUGAAGCCGCACCUGGAUUUGGUACUAUUGGUGGUGGAAUUAAUGAUACCGUUGAGUUUAAAUCGCCUAGAGAUGCUGAUGGACAUGGGACCCACACGGCGUCUACAGCUGCUGGAAGACAUGCUUUUCGAGCUAGCAUGUCUGGUUAUGCGUCAGGUAUUGCUAAAGGUGUUGCUCCUAAAGCUCGAUUAGCUGUUUAUAAAGUUUGCUGGAAAAAUUCUGGUUGUUUCGAUUCCGAUAUCCUUGCUGCUUUUGAUGCUGCUGUUUCCGAUGGCGUUGAUGUAAUUUCAAUCUCAAUUGGGGGUGGUGAUGGAAUUUCGUCACCUUACUAUCUCGAUCCAAUUGCUAUCGGAGCUUAUGGAGCUGUUUCUAGAGGGGUAUUUGUAUCUUCAUCAGCUGGAAAUGAUGGUCCAAAUGGAAUGUCAGUUACCAACUUGGCGCCUUGGUUGACUUCUGUUGGAGCUGGCACAAUCGACAGGAAUUUCCCCGCUGAAGUAAUUCUCAGCGAUGGAAGGAAGCUUUCUGGCGUAUCAUUAUAUGCCGGAAAGCCACUGAAUGGGAAAAUGUAUCCCAUAGUGUACCCUGGGAAAUCAGGUGUACUGUCUGCUUCGCUUUGUAUGGAAAAUUCACUUGAUCCUCAUUUAGUUAGAGGUAAAAUUGUGAUCUGCGAUCGCGGUAGUAACCCACGUGUUGCGAAGGGAAUGGUUGUUCAUAAAGCUGGGGGUGUUGGGAUGAUCCUUGCUAAUGGUGCAUCAAAUGGUGAAGGUCUUGUUGGUGAUGCUCAUUUGAUACCAACUUGUGCUGUUGGUGCUGAUGAAGGUGAUGCAAUUAAGUCGUAUAUAGCGAAGAAUCCAAAAGCAUCGGCAACAAUCAAUUUCCACGGGACUGUAAUUGGAGUGAAACCGGCUCCAGUUGUGGCAUCAUUUUCCGGUAGAGGACCAAAUGGUCUCAACCCAGAAAUUCUAAAGCCUGACCUUAUAGCUCCUGGAGUUAACAUUUUAGCUGCAUGGACUGAUGCUGUUGGUCCAACUGGUCUUGAUUUGGACAAUCGAAAAGCAGAAUUCAAUAUACUUUCAGGCACUUCAAUGGCUUGCCCUCAUGUAAGUGGUGCAGCGGCCUUGUUAAAAUCUGCUCACCCUGAUUGGAGUCCAGCAGCAAUAAGAUCUGCAAUGAUGACCACAGCUAACCUUGUCGACAACAGAUUACACCCAAUGACCGAUGAAGCCACCGGAAAACCAGCUACGCCAUACGAUUAUGGUGCAGGACACUUAAACCUGGAUCUCGCAUUAGAUCCAGGGCUAGUAUACGAUUUAGCAAACGAAGACUACGUAAGCUUCUUAUGUGCUAUCGAAUACGGUCCAAAGACAAUUCAGGUGAUCACUAAAUCACCAGUAAAUUGUCCGAUGAGGAAGCCAUUGCCUGAGAAUUUGAACUACCCAUCAAUAGCAGCAUUGUUUUCAACCGCAUCACGAGGGGUUUCAAGCAAGACAUUUUUCAGGACAGUGACGAAUGUGGGCGAUGCGAAUGCAGUGUACAGAGUGAAAAUUGAGGCACCGAAAGGGGUGACUGUAAGUGUAAAGCCGGUGAAAUUGGUGUUCACGGAGAAGGUGAGGAAAUUGAGUUACUACGUGACUAUAACGGUCGACGGUAAGAAUUUGGUCUUGAAUGAUUCAGGUGCAGUUUUCGGGUCACUUUCUUGGGUUGAUGGAAAGCAUGUGGUUCGGAGCCCCAUUGUAGUAACCCAAAUGAGUCCAUUGUAAAUUGUAAAUUAAUCUGGAUCUUGUUGUUUUGAUCGAGAUUUAUGGGUAAAUGGGUAUGGUAAAAUGGAUAGAUGUGCUAAUCACACUAUCACAGAGCAUUAUAUCAAUCAGUAGAUUCUAUAGAGUGGGCUUUUAAGUUUAUAUAACCUUUGUUUAUUUUGGCUUUAGAGUUGGAAAAAACUAGAAUAGAACCUGGGGUUUUGUUUUUAAUUUUUUAUAUUCUAACUUUUUGUAGUUUUUUCCUUCUCUGCUAAGGGAUCAAUAGUCGUUUAUUUUUAUUUUUGCCUUUCCAAUUGACUCUAUGUCACAAUGUGUGCUAUGUAUGAUCUUAUAGAAAGCUUUAAUGAAAGAUCAAUAUCUUUGUUAUAA